AUUGCAACGGAGGGGGAUGGGUUAGGGCAGGGGUUUUCGUGAUCUACUUGCCCGCUUUUUCUUCUCCACUCUUUGGAGUUUGAGGGGGCAGGUGAGAGAGGUGGUGUGCUGAGAAAUGGCGGAUUCCCACUUUUGUCGUGGGGGUUGAGGUUUAUAUAGAAGGAGGAGGGAAGGCCAGACUUUGGUCGUUCGAGAUUGCUGUUUAUAUCCGUGUCUGGGUGGGACAAGCAAGUAUUUACUUGCCUCUACCUACCCUCCCUCACCGUCCAUCCUUAGUCGGGACUUCCUCGAGAGUCAAUAUGAGGUCUCUCAUUCUCCCCUCGCUUCUGGCAACUUUUACGUUAGCAUGCCAGAAGGAAUCACAUACAGACCAAGCGCUCGGUCUCACAGCCCCAGUAAACACCCAAUACGUCCUCCUCGCAGACCCCGUCCGCGAACCCCGCGCUGUCUUCCCACCCACUCUCUCGGACGAGGAAACCCUCCUCGUAAAUGCCUUUGACGCGGUCGAUAUCGAGACCUGGUCUUCAUAUUAUACGCACGGCGACCACGUCGCGGGGAAGAAUAAAUCGCAAGCGGAGUGGACGGCGGAGAGAUGGAGUGACUUUGGGGUGCCGAGUAAAUUGGUCGAGUAUGAGGUUUACUUGAAUUAUCCCGUGAGUGCGAGGUUGGAGUUGCAGUAUGGGAAUGGGAGUGUGUAUCGGGUUGCUAUGGUGGAGGAUAGGUUGGUGGAGGAUGAGACGUCGGAGAGUGAGGAGGGGAUUCCGGCGUUUCAUGGGUACAGUAGGAAUGGGAGUGCGGAGACGGAGUAUGUUUAUGUUGGGUAAGUCUUCUUUUUCUUUCUUAUGAUAUGGCUCAUUUUUACAUUUUGAGGGGUCUUGAUUCUUGGGGCUUGGCUGAUGGAAAUAGUGCUGGACAUGAAGAUGAUUUCAAAGCUCUCAUUUCCUUGGGCGUGCCACUAGAAGGCAAAAUCGCUCUUUCAAAAUACGGAAACAUCUUCCGAGGAGUGAAAGUCAAGAAUGCACAAGCUCAUGGCAUGGUUGGAGUGGUGAUUUUCACGGAUCCCGGAAGUGAUGGUCCUCAAGCUGCAAAGGGGGAUAUUCCGUAUCCUGACGGCCCGGCUAGACAGCCUAGCUCCAUCCAGAGAGGUAGUGUUUGUGAUCUUACACUUGCUGUUGGUGGUAAGUCUAUGAAUCCCAUUGCGGAAUCAAUGAAUUGAAGAGCUGAUAUUGUGAAGACCCAACAACACCAGGUUACCCCUCGAAACCGGGUGUCGCGAGAACAGACGGAGGUGCAGUUCUUCCAAAGAUCCCCUCUCUCCCAAUCUCCUUCCGAGAUGCUAUUCCUCUCCUUGCUGCAUUAGACGGGUUUGGAGUCUCGGGUGCAAAUGUUAGUAGUUCUAGAGGAACUUGGCUAGGAGGCCUCAACGUGUCUUAUUCUACGGGACCCAAUCCUGCUGCUACUCUUUCCAUGGAAAAUAUCAUGGAGGACAAAAUCACACCAAUUUGGAAUGUGAUGGGUAUAAUCAAUGGAACCCAUGCCGACGAAACUAUUAUCUUGGGGAAUCACCGAGAUGCUUGGAUUAUAGGUGGUGCGGGAGAUCCUAACUCUGGGACUGCAAUUUUGGCCGAGUUGACGAAGGCUUUUGGGGAGUUGCUCAAAACUGGAUGGAAGCCUCGACGUAAUAUUGUGAUUUGUUCGUGGGAUGCGGAAGAGUAUGGGAUUGUUGGGUCAACUGAGUGGGUUGAGGAAUACGCACCCUGGCUUUCUGGGACUGCGUUCAGUUAUAUCAAUGUUGAUGUUGCAGUCAAUGGUGGUGAUCCAUACGCCGAUGCGUCGCCUGAGUUACAUACCGUCGCCAAGAGUCUGAUGAGGAAAAUUGUAUACCCAGCUGGAUCAGAAUCGACACUUUACGAUAAAUGGCAAUCCUUGUAUCAAUUUCAACCCGAGACUGAAGGGUUUGGAACACUAGGAAGUGGAAGUGAUUAUACCGCCUUCCCGCAAUAUGGAAUCGGAGCUGUAAGCUUUUCCCUGCCUCGUUAAUACCUAGAACAAGCUAACAAGAACACAGCUCGAUUUCGGAAUGGGCGGCGAUCAAGACGCCCCAGUCUACCACUACCACAGUAACUACGAUUCCUUCCACUGGAUGCAAAAAUUCGGCGACCCAGGCUUCCAAACCCACCGCUCCGUCGGCCAAUACCUCAGUCUCCUCAUGUACCACCUCGCCUCGGACCCCCUCAUCCCCCUCGACCUCGACACCUUCCGCAAAUACGUCGGCUACUGGAACCGCGACCUCCUGACCUCCUCCAUCAACAACCAACCCGACGCCGGCGCCCUCCAACAAUUCCUGCGCUACAACGACCUCAAAGCCGCUGAAACUCUCUUCGCGCAACGCGCCCGCGCCUUCAUGGAUUUCAUCAAUCGAAGCGGGUUCCUGGGUAAUGCAAGAAAUGUCGAUAUUGCGAAUGGCAAGCUAAGGGAUUUCCAGAGACCCUUUGCGAACCAGGGGGGGUUGCCUGGACGAGAGUUUUAUCGGAAUGUGGCGUAUGUUCCUGCCGCGGAUAAUGGGUACUCGGCUACCACGUUGCCGGGGCCGUAUGAGGCGCUUAAGAGGGGGGAUCGGGAACAGGCCAGGGUGGAGGUGCAGAAGGUUGUUAGGGCUAUUAAUGAGGCGGCGGAGGUUUUGAGGUUGGAUGAGUUUGUGAGGGUUUAA